AUGACAAGUGCUGCAACGCCCGAAUAUGAAGAAUACCCACAGUAUUGCUAUCACCUGUCUCCCACCAUCACCAAAUGGUGUCCCUUGCGCGCAAGCGAUAUCAAAGACUUGAGAUGGCACCCGGGUUUUGAAGGCCAGGAUGACACGUUUUUUAACUUGAAUCAUCCUAUCAGAUGGGUGCGCGUUGUGGGCGUGAUCGUGGCUAUUGACUCGUUCUACGGUUGCCGAGUCUACACUGUCGACGACAGCACCGGCUCAUGCAUUGAAUGUUCUGUCAGCCUUCCAUCGUCGGUUCAGGCCAAUGGUGAGAAGGUACGAGGUGAUGUACAGGACCAUGCCGGUGCUGAUCACCCUGCAGACCCCUACGCCGACAUUGACGUCGGCAUGGUUGUUGACGUGAAGGGUAAUCUGAAGCUUUUCCGUGAGCAGAAGCAGAUCAAGAUUCAAAAAAUGCAGCGUGUCAGGUCGACCAACCAGGAAGUGCAAUUUUGGAACAAGAUCAAGGAAUUCAGAGCGGAUGUGCUUGAUACGCCGUGGGUUUUGGAGAAAAAGAUGUUACGGAGACUGGAGAAGGAGAACAAGUCUGAUGCGAACAGCAGGGAGAAAGAGAGGAAGCGUAGGAAACAAAAAGAGGAAGCCAGGCGCCAUGAUACUGAUAGACGCCGGUCACAACCAGGCCAGGCGUACGGAGCCCCAAGUACAAGGAAGCUCUACAGACCUUCGAAGCUGAGCUCAGUGAUUACGGCUGAAGCUAGCCAGUACGACGCUCUGGGACUAUGA